CGUUCUUCUCCGCCUCCGCCUCCGCCUCCGCCCGCCUAUACAUACCACCAUCCCCCCUCCUCUCCUCUCUCCCCUACCGUUCCGCCAUUAACCGCCACUACUACUGCCUCUCUUCCUGAAUCUUGAUCCCACUCCCAUGCCUGCGACUCUACGAGUUCGCUGAGAACAAACUACCACCAGACUCCAUGCGGCAUCGGCAGCAAGGGGAGGACAACAAGGAGCUCUUCGUGCAGUGGAGGCCCUGCGACAAGAAGAGGUCCUAGUCGCCCGCAGGAACAGAUCUGUUUAUCGGGUAAUUCUUUUAAUCGGUGGGUAUUGGCUGAAUGGUUGAUUCGAGCGCGGGAGGGAAGAUGAGCGCGCACGGCGGCGGCGGCGGCGGGAGAACGCGGGUGGGGAGGUACGAGCUGGGGAGGACGCUGGGGGAAGGGACGUUCGCCAAGGUCAAGUUCGCCAGGAACGUCGAGACCGGCGAGAAUGUCGCCAUCAAGAUCCUCGACAAGGACAAGGUCCUCAAGCACAAGAUGAUCGCGCAGAUAAAGCGCGAGAUCUCCACCAUGAAGCUCAUCAGGCACCCCAACGUCAUCCGCAUGUACGAGGUGAUGGCCAGCAGGACAAAGAUAUACAUAGUCAUGGAGCUUGUCACAGGUGGCGAACUUUUCGACAAAAUCGCUUCGCGUGGGAGGCUCAAAGAGGACGACGCCAGGAAAUAUUUCCAGCAGCUCAUCAACGCUGUCGACUACUGCCAUAGCAGAGGUGUCUAUCACCGUGAUCUCAAGCCUGAAAAUCUUCUGCUUGAUGCUAACGGUACUCUCAAGGUGUCCGAUUUUGGACUCAGCGCCCUAUCGCAGCAAGUCAGAGAGGACGGGCUGUUGCAUACGACUUGUGGAACUCCCAAUUAUGUUGCUCCCGAGGUUAUAAACAACAAAGGUUAUGACGGAGCCAAGGCUGAUCUGUGGUCAUGUGGGGUGAUUCUCUUUGUCCUCAUGGCAGGCUACCUUCCGUUUGAAGAUUCAAAUCUCAUGGCGCUUUACAAGAAGAUAUACAAAGCAGACUUCAGUUGCCCAUCUUGGUUCUCGACGAGCGCGAAGAAGCUCAUCAAGAAGAUACUAGAUCCUAAUCCUAACACUAGAAUAACUAUUGCUGAGGUUAUUAACAAUGAGUGGUUCAAGAAAGGAUAUCAGCCUCCUAGGUUUGAGACAGCAGAAGUUAAUCUGGAUGACAUUAACUCUAUUUUCAACGAAUCUGGGGACCCAGCACAGCUUGUUGUCGAGAGACGUGAAGAAAGACCGGCAGUGAUGAAUGCAUUCGAGUUGAUCUCUACCUCCCAGGGCCUCAAUCUUGGCACACUUUUUGAGAAGCAAACGGAUUCUGUUAAACGUGAAACACGGUUUGCGUCGAGGCUUCCAGCAAACGAAAUAUUGUCGAAAAUUGAAGCAGCAGCAGGACCCAUGGGCUUCAAUGUACAGAAGCGCAACUACAAGCUCAAGUUGCAAGGAGAGAAUCCUGGAAGGAAAGGUCAGCUGGCAAUUGCAACAGAGGUUUUUGAAGUGACACCCUCACUCUACAUGGUGGAGCUCCGCAAGUCGAAUGGCGAUACCCUCGAAUUCCACAAGUUUUACCAUAGUAUCUCGAAUGGCCUGAAGGACGUCAUGUGGAAGCCAGAGGGUAGCAUAGCCGAAGGUGACGAGACCCGGCACCGGAGGUCUCCGUAUUGCUUGCUUGCACUAAAGCUCUUCCUUUUGCUUCUCAGUUCUGCCGGUGCUUCAUCUCCUCCCGCGCAAACAAAUGUAGCUACCAUAGAUUGGUUAGGCAGCGAGCAGUUAUCUAAAGUUGGGUCAUCGUCCCAUGUUGCUUCACAUGCUGCUCAGCCAUCUCUUAGUACUAAUGCUGUUGGUGCUGCUAUGGAUUUUUCGCAACCAUCAUAUAGACCAUGGGAACGAGGAGAUUUACUUCAUCGACUGGCCACAUUUAAGCCUUCAACAUGGGCUUCUAAACCAAAGGCUGCUAGUUCACUGGCCUGUGCUCAAAGGGGCUGGGUGAACAUUGGUGUGGACAAAAUUGAAUGCGACUCAUGUGGCGCACAUCUGAUAUUUACUGCAUUGACAUCCUGGUCCCCUGCUGAAGUUGCAAAUGCUGGAGAAGCCUUUGCUGAACAGCUUGAUGCAUCGCACCAGAAUGAUUGUCCCUGGAGAGGGAAUAGCUGUGCUGAUAGCUUGGUGCAGCUCCACUUCACACCAUCAGCUCUUCUUGGUGGUUUUAAAGACCGCUGUGAGGGGCUGUUGCAGUUUAUAUCUCUCCCUGUUAUUGCCUCGUCUGCAAUAGAGAGUAUGAAACUCACUAGGAGUCAGCAGAUUGAACAUGUCUUAUCCCAAUCAAUCGCAAUUCUGUGUGGGGAGCUGGGUUACAAAACAGAUGGUACAACAGGAAUUGAUGUCAAUCAUCAAGACGAAACCUGCAGUUACUCUCAAGCGCAGAAGCUUAUUAGCCUUUGUGGAUGGGAACCUAGAUGGCUUCCGAACGUACAAGACUGGGAAGAAAAUUCAACCCACUCUGCAAAAAAUGCAGCCUCAGCUGAACCAGAUAAAUGCUCCCGCUUUCCUGAGCAUCAGCAAAAUUCAUACUCUACAUCAGUCAAGAAAGAUAAGGGGAAAGGCAAACUACGUGUAAAAGAUUCUGGAUGCAGCAUGAGGUCACCUUUGCUGGAUUGCAGCUUAUGUGGAGCUACAGUGAGAAUCUGGGACUUCAGAUCCGUUCCACGUCCUUCUCAUCUUAAUCUUGGCAACAUUGAUGCACCUGAUGCAGGGACUAAACCCAUGUUGGCACGUGGAAUUAGUGCUACGAGUGGGAUCAAUGGAUGGGUUGCUGAAGGACGUGAUGAGGCAUGCAUUGUUGAGGGAAAAUCAUUGUCAAAUGCUCCGGUUGACCUAAAUCUGACAAUGGCAGGAGGAUUGCCACCAACCCAUUCUGGGAUGCUCUCAAUGCCUGAAAAUUUCAAGAAUGAGGGGAUGGGAAUAGAUCUGAUGAUCGGUCAGCCUACCGGGAGUGAGAUUGGUGGCUAUGCAGCCUCAUUUGAAUCUCGUGGCCCCAGUUCGAGGAAGCGUAAUCUGGAGGAAGGUGGGAGUACAGCUGAUAAGCCAAUAAACAGGCUUCAGCCUGCUGACAGUAUAGAAGGAACUGUAAUUGACCGCGACGGUGAUGAAGUUGAUGAUGCUGUACAAAACUCAGAUAUUCGGAACAAAAGGCCUCGUGGCUUUAAUCUUUUUGAUGUCAAUCGUCCAUCUUCUUCCGGAGCUGGUCCCAGCAGAAAUUUAAGUCUUGAGCUGGAUAUAGAUGUCAACAGAUUUGAGCCAUCUAAAGAGGGUCCAUCUAUCCUUCGCAACUCGUCUGCUAGAGACUCCAUGAGGGCAUCUUCUGUUAUUGCAAUGAAUAUUAUUCACGGUGCGGAGGAAAAUUCAAUGGAGAGUGUUGAAUACCAUCCAUGUGAUGGUGAUGAUGUUGAGAAGCCUUCAAGUGCACUCAGGAGUGGUGGAAUGAGUGACACAUUGGAUCUCAAUUAUAGCAACCAAGCACAGGAAAGCAAUUUUGUACAGCCUGCUGCUGACAGUAAUGCAAGAGAUAUAGGAGGGAGUAGUAUGAAUGGAGGGGAAGAAGUCCUCAAUGCAGAAACAGCUCCUGCUUUUGCUAGGGAUCAACUUAGCAUUGGAGUUAGCGGAGGCAGUGUUGGGAUGGGUGCUAGUCAUGAAGCCGAAAUUCAUGGAGUUGAGGUUUCUGAACAUAAAACUGAGAGUGUUGUCGGAGAUGUGGAACCAGUUCCCGAGCUUACUGAAACCAUGGGGCAUACUGGUGAGUCAGCUCCUGGACCUGGAAUAAUGGAUGAGUUUGUCCCUGGAGAUGCUGGUCGAGAAGAGCCUCAGGGUGAUAGCCACGAUAUGGCAUCUCGGUUAGUGGGUCGAGUUGACAGUGGUUCAACUAAAGCUGAUUCGGUCGAGAGUGGAGAGAAGAUGAGCCAUGCCAGAGGCCAGGAGAGUAACAUACAACAUUCCCUUUCUUGCAAUGCAAGAGUUUAUUCUGGCAUUGAUUUAUCUAAAGAUGAAGUGACUCAGACUGGUAAAAUGCUGACCAAGGACGAGUAUGACCCAGGAAAUGAUCUUGGAGCAACGAAUGGAGAGAAUGAUUAUGAAACGGGUCUUCCAGAAUUUGAUCCAAUUAAGCAUCACAACAACUAUUGUCCAUGGGUAAAUGGAUAUGUUGCCAUUGCUUGCACUAUGAAUACUGGUUCCAGCACAAAUAGUGCAGCAUUUUGUGGCUGGCAGCUUACAGUAGAUGCACUUGAGACUGUCCAGUCUCUUGGCCAGAACCAAUAUCAAGCCAUGAGGUCUGAUUCUGCGGCGUCACUGUAUAAGGAUGACCAUGCUGCACCUAGCCACAAGCUGCUGAAAAGGCCAAAACACAGCAAGUGCUAACUGAAGCGCUGCUGGUACAUGCGUACAUUCGCUAAACUUGGAUACAGCUAAAAAAUAGUUUGACUGAUGCAAAUCUGAAGAGAUCUAGUUUGCUAUUUGCAAGACUAGGCUUGGAGCUCGACAUAGCAGAAGAGCUCAGAAGGCGCAAACGGAAUAAGUUGAGCAUUGUAGAUUGUAGAUGGACUUGUUGCCAAGCUGUUGGUUCUUCUUUUAUUGUGUUUAUAUAUAUAUAUAUAGUAUUGCUAUUCUGGAAGAUUUGGUGAGACUAAAAUUCUGGAUCUACCGUCUAUAAGACUAAGAUUUGUGCCAGUGAACAACAUUUGGCUGAGUUAACCGUAAUUUAAAUU